CGCAGUUUAGACUCUUAGCAUCGGUGACCAAUACCGUCCAUCGCGCUCGUCACAACAGAUUACCGCCAGCAGCUGAUUGCUGAAGAUUGCUUUGAUGAGCAUCAGCGGGAGGAGGCAAGCAGUGGCAUUGAAACAAUAGAUGCAGAAUUAACAACAGUGAGAAGAGUUCGGAAUUUCAAUGGCGGAAGGCUGGGACUCUGGCACGAAGGAGACAGUCAGAAAGAUACCACUGUUGACGGUCAACGCGGGUCCACGCGAUAAGGAUCAGUGGACAAAAAGGUUGAGAGAGGAGCUGCAGGCUCUCAUCAAGUACAUACAAAUAAAGAAGAGUACAGACUCUGAUUGGUUCACCAUCACAUCCAAUAAGGAGGGCACGCACUGGUCCGGGAAGUGCUGGUACAUCCACGAGCUGAUCAAGUACGAGUUUGACUUCGAGUUUGACAUCCCAGCAACAUACCCCACCACAGCUCCCGAGAUCAAGAUACCAUCUCUGGAUGGAAAGACUGCGAAGAUGUACCGCGGUGGCGCCAUCUGCCUCACAGUGCACUUCAAGCCGCUCUGGGCAAAGAACAGCCCCCACUUUGGCGUUGGGCAUGCCAUGUGCCUGGGGCUGGCUCCAUGGAUGGCAGCGGAGAUUCCACAUCUGGUGGACUCGGGCGUGAUCUCCUCAGCUUCAUGAUUGCACUGUUCCAGCGGCUUUCAGAAGCUGGCAAUCCUGUGAGCGUUGCUGGCUCAGGAUAGGCACAGAUAUUGUGACAUAUACUGGCCGGAGAGAUGUGGGUAAUGCAGUGAAACAAGGCUUUUGUGAGUAGAGCUUACCCAGCGUCUGUACGAUUCUUUCAUACUGGCAGCAGUCUGUGCUAAAUUGUAUAUUGAGGAAAAAGGGAUGCAAGCAGAUUAGCUUUGAUAUGAAGCAGCAUGAAGCGGCCACCAUUUUGCAAUAGCUAUCUAUCAUGGC